AUGCCAGGUCCUCGACAAGGAAACCGCAGGGCAGACCGCGACACCUUACAAGCAAAACCCAAACCCAAACCCAAGCAAAAGCCCCAACAACGACCCCGCCAAACCAAACCCGAGCGCAAAGAGCCCGAAGAAGAAGCAAAUCUCAGCGAUGAAGAUCCCAGCGCAAUCAACCUCUCGACACCAAUCCCACUCUCCCUCCAACAACUCCUACUAGACGUCUUCAAAACCGCUCUCCUCAAUUCAUCACCCGGAGCUGACGGAUCUGAGCGCGAAUUCGAGUCCCUGGAUAUUAAAUCUCUGAUCCAAACUAUCAAGUCCCACCUUUAUCAGCGUGAUUUCGAUUCCGCAUUCACAGAGGCUGGCGAGGAUCAUUUGCGCGCUUAUGCUUUGCGCUGGAGUGCGUCUAGAGCUUUGGGAUAUGCAGGUUUAUUCAAGGGCGUGUUGAGUUGGAUGCGACGCGAUGCCGAGGGAUCCGACUCGAACGGCACCCGCGUUGUCUGUCUUGGAGGUGGUGCCGGUGCGGAAAUUGUUGCGCUUGCUGCUGCCUGGCGGGAUCUUGAUAACGGGGUGGACUCGUUAAGUGGACAAGCGGAGGGAUUAUCUCUGGAAGACAAGGAAGGAGAGGCGGAAGCAGAGAAGUCUUCUGCUCCGUCUUCGAACCGGAAUCUCGCCAUUGCUGCUGCUGAUAUUGCGGAUUGGUCUAGCGUUGUGGAGCGGUUAGCUGCGACGCUUACAUCUCCUGAUGUACCUGCUCCUUCGACAUCGAAGCAUAAGGCUCCGCUUGUGCCUGCGGGUGAUAAUGUGGAUGUCACUUUCCACCGGGCUGAUUUGCUGGGUCUUCCGGAAAAAGAGUUGAAAGAUUUCGUUUUGGGUGGGGAGACGUCUCAUUCCUCGCUUCUUGUUACUUUGAUGUUCACGCUGAAUGAGCUUUUCACUACGUCUAUGCCUAAGACUACGGCUUUUAUGCUUCGGUUGACGGAGAUCCUUAAGCCUGGUGCUAUCCUUUUGGUUGUUGAUAGUCCUGGUAGCUAUUCGACGCUGAAAAUGGGUAAGCCUGGUCCGGACGGUGAACAGCAGGAGAGGAACUAUCCUAUGAAGUUCCUUUUGGAUCACACGCUCAUUUCCGUGGCGAAGGGUCAAUGGGAGCAGGUGUAUUCUCAGGAUUCGAGGUGGUGGAGACGUGAGGCGGCGCGGUUGAGGUAUGAAGUUGGCGAGGGUGCUGGAUUGGAGGAUAUGCGUUUCCAGGUGCAUAUUUAUCGGCGGAUAUAA